CCGCUUCUUCUCCUCCCAUUUUCCCCGCCUCCUUCCCCUCGAAGCCACCGCCGAGAGCCCCCACCGGCCCCGACCCCGCGCACCUCGCCGAGGCCGCCGGCCGCCGCGGAAGCCCCGCUACGAUGGGGGCGGCGCAGUCGUCCCCGGACGAGCCCGUCCCCGACCUGGCCUCCAUGCUCGACGCCUGCCCCGGCCCGACGGAGAGGGCGCUGCUCGCGGCGGUCCUGGAUGGCGACGUUCCCCGCCUCAAGGAUUUGGUUCGUGCAAUGGAUGUUGAGGAUAGAGCAAACCUUGCUGACAUGGAUAUACUAGAGGGCGUUGGACUGCUAGGAUUGGCCUCAUACACGCGUAAAAUGAAGGUCUGCGAAUACUUGGUAGAGGAGCUUGGUCUUGACGUCAAUGCUGGUGGCUCCCGUGGUGGUCCACCACCUUUGGGUUGUGCAGCGUUGUGUGGAGAAUUUGUUGCUGCCAGAUAUCUUCUCAACCAUGGAGCCGAUCCAAAUAAGAUAGAUGGGACAGGCUUUGCUCCUCUUCAUUGUGCUGCCAAAAAUGGGCAUGAAUGUGUACUGCGUCUAUUAUUAUCCAGAGGAGCCAGUGUGGAUAUAGAUGGCGCUCAUGGGACGCCCCUGCACACUGCUUCUUACUAUGGGAAUGCUGGUGCUUUGAAGAUUUUGUUGGACCACCAUGCAGAUCCAAACAGGGUGUCAGAAAUUUCAUGUGCCCCUCUACUUAUGGCUCUUAGUUCUACCAAGCAUGGAGUGAGUGAAUCUGACUCACUGAACUGUGUCAAGCUACUUGUCAAGGCUGGUGCUGACAUGAAUUCUGCUAAUCCGUGCACUCCCUUGGUGGUGGCAGCUACGUAUGGCUUGGCUGAUUGUAUUAAGUACUUGCUAGAGGCUGGUGCAAAUCCUAACAUUCCAGAUGAGCAGUGCGGUACGACACCAAUAGAAAUCGUUGCAGACUCUGGAAGAAGAGAGCUCGUGGAGAUUCUAUUUCCGUACACCAAACCCAUUCAAUGUGUGCCAAUCUGGAGUAUUGAUGGAAUCAUUACCCACGUAAAAUCAAAGCACUUGAAGGACAAGGACAAGGUAGGUCAAGAUAAGAAGGCUGAGCUGAAAUCACUUGGUGCAAAAGCAGUAGAGGAGAAGGACUACGCCGGUGCAUCAAAAUUCUACAGUGAGGCAAUCAAAGUGGAUCCUGAAGAUGCAACGCUCUAUUCAAACAGGAGCUUUUGCCAUUUAAGGAUUGGUGAAGCACGUGAUGCUCUGGUGGAUGCCAAUGCUUGCAUAAGGCUGCAGCCUGAUUGGCCAAAAGGUUACUGGCGGAAAGGAGCUGCCUUAACGGCACUCAAGGAUCACAAGGAAGCAUGUGAUACGUAUAUGGCUGCGAUGAAGCUGGAUCCUACAAGUCAGGAGAUUCAUGAAGCAUUUUGGGAUGCUGUUGCGGCAAUGAGGGCGGAACUUGACGCUGGAGAAAGCGGCAGCUCAUCUGAAUCUGAUUAGGGCCUGCAUGGGCGGGCUGGUUCUGGCCGUGCUCAGUGGUUCCCUUCCGGCUUGUUUUACAUCUGGUGAUCUCGUUUUUGUCUGAGAAACCAUGAAACGUUGUGUUGUUGCUACAUGGCCAUGGGUGCUUGCGUGUGCGAGCGCUUUAAUCAGUUCUGGCACUUAUUCAUCCAAAUCCGUCUAGAACGCUCCUGAUGUGCCCCAUUUUGAACUUUUUUCCCACUUAGGCCGAGCUUCGCAUCGAUGUAAUUGAAUACGGGUGUAAUUUACUUACAGGUGUAACUUACUAGCCAAGAGCUAUUUCCUGCUAGAAAUGAAAACGACGGGUGGAGGUCUAAGUUUUACA